AUGACUGGAGUUGAGGCAUCACUCCGGGCCUUUCUUGAGGUUCUGGACAAAGACGGCAAGCAGGCAAGAGACUCCUCACCGUCACAAACUCAGUCACGUCGUUACAAGAACAAAAGAAUUCCUAGGCUCAAGACGACCAGCCUCGAGGAAAUGGAAAAGGAAACAAACGGUGCGCGAGAGAGAUAUGCGCCGGAGCCGCUCACCGAAAUAAUUAUUUUGGAUGAGAAAGCCACCUCGCCUGUGGUAUCCGAGACGUGUCGCCAGCUACGAAUCUCAGAGGAUACAUGGAGUGUUAUAAGCGAGCUAGACCUCGGGUUUUCUGGAAAGCCCAUUAUACACUCGGCGGAUUUCGUUCAUGUGUAUACAGAGCUGAAAAAGCUCCAGGUGGAUGCACCACCCGAUACGGAACUGAAGUCCGGACUUUCCCAGCUCCUCGCGCUCAUCGAUUCCGAAAUGAGCGGAUCUGCAUAG